GUGAUAUUAUUAUUAAUAACAAAAAAAAUAAUUUUAUUAUUCUUUCACCACUCCAACUUUGUUAAAUAAAAAAUAAAAAAAAGAUAUUUAAAUAACAAUAAUAAAGUCAAUAAAUAAUAAACUAGAUAUUUAUAAACAAAACUAUCUAUAUAAAACAAAUCAAAUAUAUCGAAUAUAUAGCAAUAAUAUUAAUAAAAAAUGAGAUUAUAUUUACUUCUCAUUUUAAUAUUAUGUAUUACAAGAUAUGCAUAUGCACAAGAUUUUUCAGAAAAGGAAAAAACAAAAUUAAUAGGAAAUUUUAAUAAUGUUAGAUCAACUGUUACUCCAAAAAUAUUAGGAACAUACAAUACAAUGUCAUGGGAUUCAACAUUAUAUGCAAAUGCCUUUGCUCAAGCCCAAACAUGUCAAAGAAUUUCACAAUACUCCCAAAAGGGAAACAGUGGAGCAUAUGGUGAAUCAUUUUUAAGAUUCAAUAGUGAACCAUCUCCAAACGAUGUUGUUGAUGGAUUAUCAGCAAAUAAACAAUAUUAUAAUUAUGAUGAUACCUUCUGUAAUGGAGACCAUGAUUGUACACCAUAUACCAAUAUUAUUUGGAAUAAUACAAAUCAAGCAGCAUGUUCAAAAAAUAAUUGUGGUGAUAAUUGGUAUGUUGUUUGUAAUUUUGCUCCAGUAGGUUCAUUUUCAGGUGUUAAACCAUACAAUGCAAGAUUCCACGAUAGUUUAUCAUUAAUGAGCUAUUCAAACGAAAAUACUUUAUUGAAUUUAAAUCAAAGAUUAAAAGUAAAAGAUAGUGAACAUAUUUAUACUGUUGGUGUAAAUAAUGUAGGCUCAUAUGAUUGGAGAGAUCAAGGUGUUGUUGGUUACCCACAAGACUCUGGAAAUUGUGCAGCAGGUUGGGCAUUUACUGCUGUUGGUGUUUAUGAAUCAAGAGCCGCCAUGAGAAGUAAAAAAAGAUAUGAAUUAUCAGAACAACAAGUUAUUGAUUGUAUUAAUAAUGUACCAAAUCCAUAUUAUCAAGUUUCAAACUAUACUAGAUGUAGUAGAUUAAGUGGUGACUUAAACAAAGCUUUAAUUUAUAUUCAACAAAAUGGUAUUCAAAACUCUGUUACAUAUCCAUAUGUUGGUGAUAGAGCCUCAGCAUGUACCUUUAACUCUAGUAAUAUUGUUGUUCAAGGUGGUGACAUUGAAUACAGUGAUGUUGGUAGAGAUAGUAUCAUUGAAAAAUGUCGUGAUCAAGGUCCAGUUGGUGUCGGUAUUUAUGUUACCGAUGACUUUUUAAGAUACUCUGGUGGUAUUUUCUUCUGUAACAAUACCAAUAUCAAUAACAAUGCUAUCAAUCAUAAUGUACUUUUGGUUGGUUAUAACCAAGAUAACAACUAUUAUAUUAUUAAAAAUAAUUUUGGUCGUUCAUGGGGUGAAAACGGUUUUGCUAGAAUAAGUGCUGACUAUGACAAAGAUUGUUUAAUUUCAAGAAAUCCUGCCUAUUCUGUUCAAAUCUAAAAUCAUUAAAAAAGAUAAAAAAAAAAUAAAAUAAAAAAAAUAAACAAAAAAAAAACUUUAUAUUAUUAUUAA